CUUCAGUAGUACCCGGUGAUUUCUGCGAACGAUCCAGUAGCACCGCCACCAUGCAAGCCUGUCUCCUGUUGUCCUUAUGUUUGACGGCUGCGGCCGCCUCGCAGGCCCGAUUCGAGGCCUAUUUGCCGGUUUCUGCGGGACAGUACCACGCUCAGGACGCUUUGGGACAGUACUCGUACGGGUAUUUCGGGCCGCUGAGCUCCAAGAGCGAGGCGAGGACGGCUAAUGGAGUCACGGUCGGAAGCUACAAAUACGUCGACGCUGAAGGUAAAGAGCAAGAGGUUCAAUACACAGCUGACGAUAUCCACGGCUUCCAAGUUGCGGCUACAAAUCUACCAACCGCUCCAGAGGCACGCAUGAUUGUUCCAGAGCCCGUUAGGGAUACACCAGAGGUGGCGGAGGCGAGAGCGAGGCAUUUGGAAGCUUUAGAAAACGCUAAGGCAAGAUCCGUAGAAUUUGCUCACAUCUAUGGAGUACCUGCAGUACCCGCAAUUUCAACUUUCGUUGCACCGGCUUCGUAUCUAUACGCAGUCUCACCUGUGGCUCAAGCUGUGUCUUUGGGCCAACAAGCUGCCUCCACUCCAGCUCACGAGCAAAGGAACGAUCAACAAUCUGCCGACAAAGAUAAAGACUCGGUGGUAAUCAGUGCAGCUGAGCCAGCUUUAAAAUCGGCCGCUGAUCAACCGUCAGAAGAGUCGAAAGCUGCCAAUGAAGCUGAAGGUCAACCAGGACCAGGAGCUGUUCAUGCAGUGAAAACGUUCACCGCUCCAGUGAUCUCCUUCAAAUCUGUACAGGAUGUAGCUCCUUUGGUGCAUGUCCCUGGUGGUUUCGGAUACUCCUACGGGAUAAGCGGAUAUUCAGCCUUGCCCUUCGCGUACAGUGGAAAUCUGCUAGCUGUCCCUGUCCUGAAGACUGAUUUGGAAAACCACGCAUUGCACGAGAAAGACAGCAGGGAAGAAAGGAAGCAUGUGAACUAAUUUGUUAGUCAUGUUUUUCCAAAUUCAUACCUGUAUAGACAAUAAUUUAGUAAAACAUUUAAACUUUCA